AUGGCGACAGCGUGCGACCACGACGCGCCGACGACGCGCCCCCCUUUGGAGCUGCCGUCGUCCUUUGACACUGCCCUCUGCCUGGUGCCCCCGAGCCACCUAUGGCCACGUCUCGACCGCAUCCGCAGCCUCUAUGACCCGGCGCAUGCGAAAUGGCCGCCUCAUGUGAACCUCCUUUACCCGUUUGUGCCGCCAGAGCUACUUCCCGAUGUUGCGCGCCUCCUGUCCGAGGCACAUCUCGAGCGAGUCAGCAUCAACCUGUCUGUUGCAGAUGCCUUCGUCCACAGGAAGCACAACUCCGUCAUCCUCCGCCCGGCUGAGCCUGACGCCGUCUCGUGCCUCCGCAGCCAGGCCUGUAGCGCGCUGGGCUGGCCGCCAAGCCAUGUCUAUCGGCCUCAUAUGACCGUCGGUCAAACCACGGACGUUCAGUCGGAUGCCCACCGCUUUCUGCUUGAAAAGGCGCAGUUGCUGGCCCCCGUCACCUGGGACGUCGCAUGGCUUGCCAUCAUGGUACGGGACCCCUCGUCGCGGCGCAUGAUGCCUUGGGCCCAGCUCCACCUUAACCCUCGUCGACUGCAGCGCCCUGCGCAGGUCGUCGACUUCCCGGUUCCCAUCCCCGACACUGGUGUGCAUGGCAGCUCGGCGGCCGCCCAGUCGCAGACCACAUACCACUUUCAAUCCCCUGAACGCGGCUGGGAGCCGCUCCCGGUCGCUGCUCAUACCGCCACCGACGAAACCCAGAGCUUGGUCGUGGCCUCGUACAAUGUGCUCGCCGAGUUCCAAUGGCCCCCGAACCCAUCCCGAUACCCCGGUCUCAUCACGAACAUCCUCUCUGCGAGGGCAGCGGCAGACAUUCUCAUCCUCCAAGAGGUUACGGACCACUUCCUGCCGUCUCUCCUCAACAACAGCCAAAUUUGUGCGCGCUAUCCUUUCUCAACUCAUGGCCCUGCCUUGUUCGGCCCACUUCCCAGUCUUCUCAAUGUUGUCGUCCUAAGUAGGCUCCCGUUUCGGUGGGAAUACCUCCCUUUCCAGCGAAAACACAAGGGCGCCGCCGUCCUAUGCUUCCCUACCCUUGGCUCUCACGCGCAGAAUGGAGCCCAUCCGCCGCUCGUCUUCGCGGCCUGUCACUUGACACAAGGCUUGGUUGACGGGGCUGUGGUGGCCAAGAGAAACGAGUUGCAGAAGCUUUCGAGGUACCUGUCUGACCACUACCACGCUCAUCCCUUGAUCGUCGCCGGCGACUUCAACAUUGCCACGUCCUCGUACUCAAUCGACUCGGCGCGGCAAAAGCAAGACCUGUCCUCUCACGGGCUCCAAUGUCUUGCCGAUAUCCAAUCGCUGUUCAACCAAGUCGGACUUGAGGAUGCCUGGCUCCUUACCAGGGUUGGCAUUGGAGAAUCCUCAAGCACCAGCCGACAUCUCAUGCCACCUCAAAAUCUGCACGAGGGCGAAGAAGGCGCAACUUUCAACCCACUGACAAACCAGUUAGCUGCGCGGUCAGUCGGCAGUGGAACAAACAACAGGCCGCAGAGGUAUGACCGAAUCCUGGUGAGCUCCAGCCUAGCGCUGCGCCCAUGUGGUUUCAACAUGUUUGGGGACGUCUGCCCGGAAGCCAGUGACCACUGGGGCAUUCGCUGUCUUCUCCAGCGCCCGGUGACCGAACGGCCACCGGCCGAAGCAACUUCUGCGCGCCAUGUUCCUAUGCGUUUGGUCAGAGCGCCAGUCACCCUUGGUGGUGCCAACGAGAUCAAAGACGCGCUGUCCUCCCACGGCUGCCUGCCUGGACAUGCAGAGGAGGCUCUUCGACAACAAGCGCUCGCAUUGCUUGAAGGGAUUUUGCUGGCCAAGGACGCUCAGGAGUCGGGAGAGGGCUCGCAGCCACGAACGACAUUGGUGCUUGUCCCGGUCGGCUCGUUCGGACUGGGCGUAUGGACAACCUCCUCGGAUAUGGACUGCCUGUGCAUUGGGAGCAUGAGCCCUAAAGUCUUCUUCGCUGUCGCUUCACAGAGGCUGAAGAAGGCGGCAUCACAAGGCGUCCAAGUCUUGCGGCGGGUGAAGGCCAACACAGGCACCAUGCUGGAGGUUGAUGUACGUGGAAUCAAGUUUGACCUCCAGUACUGCGCCGCGGGUGCUCUAGCCCAGAAUUAUCCCGACAUUCUGAAGCGCCCGGCUUCCGAUCCCGCAUUCGUGCUGCCAGUCCAAACCCUCGCCAAGCUCAAGCCUGCGAGGGACCUUUACUAUCUUCGGCGAUCCAUACCUGACAUGGCACAGUAUCGCCUUGCACACCUCCUUGUCAAGGAAUGGGCCAAGUCGCGGGGCCUGUAUGCGGCAAAGCUUGGUCUGCUGGGAGGCAUUCACAUAACAGCCAUGCUUGUUCCCAUCUGCAAGCUUUUGACUGCCGCACACAACCCACUUUCUACAGCUGACAUCUUGAUAUCCUUUUUUUACCACUAUGCCAACUUUGACUGGGAGUCCAACUUGGUGUUCGACACUCAUUUCCACAAGGACCUGAGAUACCGCCGCGCAGCUCGGGAACCACUUUACCUGGACCGCAAGGUUCCCGCUCUCAGGGCUCGGAUCUGGCCAGAGAGAUUCGCCGACAAAGCAAGCAGUACUUCGGCCGCGACAGAGCGUGAUGGAUGCUACCUAAUUGGUCUGGAAUGGCGCGACAGCGGCGCUGCUGACAAGUCGAAGGAAGAGUCUAGGGACGCCAGGCGUCUGCUUGAGACCGCGCUUCGAGGAUUUGAGGCUCGAAUGCAAGGGGACGACAAGUACUACGACAAAUCUUGCUGUUGGUUGCUGGUAUCCGAGGCUCACGGCAAGGAUGUGCGCAGCCUGCAACUAGAAUCGGCCGGCUUCAGCCCUGAUGAGUGCGGCGACACAGACUCGGAGGGAGACUCUGACACCGACGCAGAUGACGAGGCUGAUAACUGCAUGGAUGGGCAGUACGGGGGCGCGCCAGCAGGCAACGCCAGCGAAGUGAAGAUGCCCGACCCGCAGCAGUCAGUGAGUAAGCCGAACAGCCGUGGCAAGCUUCGCUCAGCGUCCGACGUCAUGCACCGCCUCCGGUGGGAUGCUGCCAUAGACGCUGGAGACUACAUGGUGGGAUACGAGGAUCGAUUCACUGGGGCAAGGGAGAAGCCGUUGGUGCAGUGGAAGUCUGAACAGACAGACGAAGAGUUUAUCCCGCAGCACCGGAUUCUUUAUUUCAGGUGUAGAAGCACCGGGGACAUCGUCUGGGAACGCCGGACGCGUACGGAUCAUGUGUUUGGAAGCGGAACUAGCCUACACGAGGGUACUUAG